GGCCGGGGGCAGGGGGCGGAGCGCGCAGCGCCGAGCGGACGCGUCUCCGCGCCUCGGAGCAGCCGGGCGCGCGGCACGGCGGGGAGGCGAGCGCGGCGGCGGCGGCGGCAGAGCGCGCGGGCUGCGGGGAGCCUAGGCGCGCCCAAAGUGAAAGAGAAAGUCGCCCCCCCCAAGGCCGGCCCCGCCCCGCCCAGCGGCCAAUCCGUGCCGCCGGCACCUCCCUCGGCCACUGGAUCUCCUCUGUGAGCCCCGCGGGCUGGAGUCCUGGAGGAGCUGAGUGCCGUCCUCGGGAAGAGAAGUGGUGGUUUUGAAAUUCCCCAGAAAGUGGAGGACCGCCCCUCCCCCUCUGUCCCGCCCACCCUCUGCCGCCUCUACCUCGUCCAUCCGUCUUCCACCGUCCACCUCUCCGGCUCCUACCUGGGCGCGCUCAGUUAAAUGGCUGAUAAGCAGAUCAGUCUGCCAGCCAAGCUCAUCAAUGGCGGCAUCGCCGGGCUGAUCGGGGUCACCUGCGUGUUCCCCAUCGACCUGGCCAAGACCAGGCUGCAGAACCAGCAGAAUGGCCAGCGCGUGUACAGCAGCAUGUCUGACUGCCUCAUCAAGACCGUCCGCUCGGAGGGCUACUUUGGCAUGUACCGAGGAGCCGCCGUGAACCUGACCCUCGUCACCCCGGAGAAGGCCAUCAAGCUGGCCGCCAACGACUUCUUUCGAUAUCAGCUCUCCAAGGACGGGCAGAAGCUGACCCUGUUUAAGGAGAUGCUGGCGGGCUGUGGAGCUGGCACCUGCCAGGUGAUUGUGACCACCCCCAUGGAGAUGCUGAAGAUCCAGCUUCAGGACGCCGGCCGCCUCGCCGCCCAGAAGAAGAUACUGGCUGCCCAGGCCCAGCUGUCGGCCCAAGGGGGCGCCCAGCCCUCCGUGGAGGCCACGGCCACCCCCCGGCCCACAGCCACCCAGCUGACCCGGGACCUGCUUCGGAGCCGGGGCAUCGCCGGCCUCUACAAGGGACUGGGGGCCACACUGCUCAGGGACGUCCCCUUCUCCAUCGUCUACUUCCCCCUCUUUGCCAACCUGAACCAGCUGGGCCGUCCGGCAUCCGCGGAGAAGUCUCCUUUCUACGUGUCCUUCCUGGCUGGCUGUGUGGCUGGGAGCACGGCUGCCGUGGCUGUCAACCCCUGUGACGUGGUGAAGACCAGACUCCAGUCGCUGCAGCGCGGCGUCAACGAGGACACCUACACUGGGUUCCUGGACUGUGCCAGGAAGAUCCUGAGGCACGAGGGCCCCUCGGCCUUCCUGAAGGGUGCCUACUGCCGUGCCCUGGUCAUCGCCCCGCUGUUCGGCAUCGCUCAAGUGGUCUACUUCCUGGGCAUCGCCGAGACCCUGCUGGGGCUGCUGCAGCCACCCCAGCACUGAGCCCGGAGGCCACCCAUGCCCUCCAGCCGCGUGGGACCAGAGCGGGGCCGGAGCCGGGUGGCCUGCCCAGGACUGAGCGAGAGGAAGUCUCUGUCUGCCUCUCCGCACAUGGAUGGGGGGGGGGAAGCAGAGGAGGGGCACAGGGUCCACGUGGGUGGUGCACACAGGGGCCCCCGAGGGGUCCUGCCUGCACGACCAUUGGGAUCAACGUCGUAUUUAUGUAGAAAGCGCAGAAAUCUUUACAUUCCUGGAGCCAGCCCCCGCCACAGCUCCGCCCCAGCCUGAACACCCCCAGGGACAGAGCUGGUCUCUGGGCUGGGGCCCCCAGGCCUGGGCUGGGCAAGCGGGACCCUACCCUCCAGUCUACCAGCUCUCGUCCCCGAGGCUUGGCCCCUAGUCUACAAAGGGGACCCCGCACAAACCUAUUUAUUAACUUGCUGAGCACAAGUGCUCUGUCCGUCCUUGUGUCCGUCCGUCCAGCCUCCCCUUGCCGUCGCCCUUCUCGCCUCAGCCCGGACUCCACAUUGCCCCCCAGCCAGCCUUGCAGGAGGUCUCUUGCCCCCCAUAUUGAGCCAGGAGUCCCAGGUGCAGGGGGGGUCACUGGGUUCUGACUCCCAGGGCAAGCCCCCCCUACUCUACCGUGGGACCCAGCAUCCCUCCCGGUGGGGCCUCUCAACCCCCACCCCAGGCUGGGGACCCAUGGUGUAUAAGGUCUGUGUGCAUGUGAGAAUGUUCUGGGGGGCAGAUUGUGUCCACCAGCCCUCAACCGGCCUGGCCUCUCAGAGACGGGGCUGUGGCAGGGUCGCCGGCCUUACCCACGUGGCCAGGCAAUGUGUGCGUGUUUGUGCCGUGUGCUCUAGGCUCCCCUCUGACCCCGUCCAGGCAUUUAUUUUUCCAGCCUGGUUCUUGUUGCCUCUCAGCAGACCCCUCUUCAGAGACACCCCCCUGCCCCCCGCCCUGGGUCUGGGAUCGGCCAGUGGGGAGGGCAGGCAUGAGGACCAGUAGGAGCCUGGGGGUACCCACUUUAUUUCUGGGGGCAGUACAUGCCCCCUCAGCCCUCCCAGGGCCCACCCUACUCUCUGGGCCUCUUCUUAAGGCCCCUGACCACACUCCAGAAGUUCUGCCCUCCCGGGAACCCCCUCUUUCAUUGAUGUUGUGAAUUGAAGCCGGCCUGCCCCCCACCCCUGCUCCGCCCCACCCCAGGCCACGUGAUUGUGUUGGUGAUUGAUCCUGAUGUGCUGGUGCUGUGUACCCCCCCCCCCCCCCGGGCUCCCUCCCCGGAGGCCCCUUCCCAGUGACACUACCUGGGGCUCAGGCCUGGCCCCCCCCCCCCCCCCACCGAGUUCACGGUUGUUCCUGGGAGCUGUCCUCUCCCACCACAUCUGUACCUUGGAAGCUGCUGCUGCUGCUUACAGAAUUAUAUUUUUUUCUUUUGAAGAGAUUUAAGAAGUUGUAACUUUUUGUGUCUUGUCCUGUAAGAAGAUAAAUAAAUAUUCUAAGUAGA